AGUCGAUAUGUAUCUUUCAUAUUGGGGGCAUAUACUCUCGGAAGGAAACUCAUAUUCGAUCUCCCCCUUUGAAUGAAUAAUUAACCCCAACUCACCAACCCCUCAAAUAUCUCGUACGCAUCCUUUCAACUUUCUGAAAAUCAGAACGGUAUAGAAACAGAAAUAUUGUAUCGUGAGCAAUUUGAUUCAACUGUUAUUCAGGUAAUCAUAAUGGAUGAGACAGAUAACAAUGAUGAUUUUACCUUUUGUCAGGUUAGUGACCCGAACAAAAAUGCACCGAAAAGCCUUCCAGAUGUCAGCAGUAUGAGUAUAAAUGAUGAAAAGAAGAGUAGUGGUACCAUUUGGGGUGACAAUUUUAAAAGUAAUGUUGAGUCGGAAAAGCAGGAAAAGGUUGGAUCCUUAACUUUUAAGGUUAUUGAUGCAUCGUCCCAGAAAAGGUCUGCGGACGCUUCUAGAAAUGCACCCUCAGAUGUUGGAAGUUCAGUUAGUAAUUCACAGGGAACCAAAAAUGUUGUUAAGAAGCCAGCGUCUCGGGCUAAGGUUCCUUUUCAAAUUGGGUAUAGUCAUAUGGAUUGGCUUAAGCUUACUCGGACGCAUCCUGAUCUAGCAGGAUUGAAAGGACAAUCAAACAAGAGAAUGAUACCGUUAAGUGAGGUCAAACAACACAAUACAGCAGACUCAAUGUGGACCGUUCUCAAAGGUCGUGUCUACAACAUCACUCCAUACAUGAAGUUUCAUCCUGGAGGUGUAGAUAUGUUAAUGAAGGCGGUUGGAAAAGAUUGUACAGCUCUAUUCAAUAAAUACCAUGCUUGGGUGAAUGCUGAGUUUAUGUUGGAGAAGUGCCUUGUUGGUAUUUUAGAAGAAAGCCGGCAGUAGUCUUUGGAUCGUUUUCCACAAAGCACAAGAGAUUCUACCACACAAGAUGGUGAUAUUUGAAAAAUAAUGUCAUAGUUAUCGACAUGCCCUGAGCUAGAAGUUGUACAUUAUUGAAAUCUGCUUACAUGGGAAUACAGAUAUAUGAUUUUUUGACGAUUGGGUUUUUUAUUAAAUUAAAGCCUUAAAAUUCAUUGGGCUUCCCACAUGA